AUGCAAACAGACUUGCUUACUCGCCAGGGGCCGUUGGCUCAAGUUUGGUUGGCGUCAAAUUACGACAAAAAACUCUCAAAACAACAAUUGCUUAAGACAAACCUUGUGACUUCCUCUGAGUUCAUCUCAAGGCAUCCUAUCCAGCCUUCAGCUUCCAGAACAGACAGUGCACAGCCCAUUACUUUGAGACUUUCCGGGCACUUACUUUUGGGAAUUGUUCGUAUCUAUUCCCGCAAGACAAAGUACCUAUUGGACGAUGUGAACGAAGUGUUGCAUAAAUUGAGAAACUCAUUUAAGUUUGCCUCAGGAGCAACCUUGGGCACCAGUGCCGCGUCUGUGAACUUGCCUCCUCAGCAGACAACCCUCUCAAAUAUCAACAGAGUGUUGUUGCAUGAUCAGGUGACCGACUUGAACCUUUUGUACCAGGACGAUUUAGACUUAGACGAUCACGAAGCCGAAAAACCUGUUGAGAGACUACUUCAGCAAAUGGGCGACAAGUCAGCUUCACCGGAUGAAGAGCUUGACAUUGAUAGGUCGAUUGAGGUGGGUCGUGGACUAAUUGACCAAAGCUUUGACCAAGACUUGGAUUUUGACCUAGACAUGGACUUAGAUACUUCGAUAGAACAAGGAAGAGAUGCACAGUUGCCCAUGGCUGACAGAGAGCAGUCAUUACUAGACAUUGCGCCCAAAUCAGCACAGGCCCAGGAUCAGCCGCUUGAUUUUGAUUUGGGUGAACCGUUAGAGACAGUAUCAGAACUACAGGCACAAACCUCCACCACAGAACCCGAAAGCAGACAAAGACGCAGGCUCGUUGGCGUCAGUGAGGAUGGGAUUGUGAGAACUACCAAAAGAAAAUUGAUCGUUGACUCUCCCCAAGAACUCGAAAGAGGGCUCCCGAUAGAGGUGUUGCGUAGUAUUCAACAUCUUCAAACGUAUGGAGGGUUCACGAACGAACACUUGACACUCAAUCUAUCCAAAGCACAGAAACUCGAGCUUAUUAAGGAGCUUGCUCAGCCUAGUGUGACGAAGCGCAGAAAGAUUUGGAAUCUUGACAAUGAACUAAGACGCCGUGCCGACGAGCUUUCAGCCGAAGAACAGAAGGUUGCACAGGAACGCGAAGAGUAUGACUAUGAUCUAGACUUUGACUUAUCUAUGCCAAGUCUCGAAGCAGAUGACUCUCUGCCAUCUCUGGAAGAGACCGUUGAAGAUGGCAGCUUGAGCAAUGUCAAGACUACUACACAAGUCGCGUCGCAUCUCAGAAACGUUUUUCUAGACGAACCAACUGCCUCAUUGGACGAUCUUAUCAAUAAAGACCUAGUCAUUGAAGACUCCGACGAUGUUCCCUUGGGUUUGGUUAACAAGUCGGAUACUAGCAUCGAAGUUAGCAGACGCAGAGAAGCUACGAAAUGCUUCUUUGAGACACUUGUUCUUGCAACACAUAAUUGCAUUUCUCUAGACCAGAAACAGUCCGAAGCAACUGACAUUGGAGGACCAAUCACUAUAAGACCUCUUGAUGAUCUUGCUGCCAAAUUUUUGUAA